AUGGAUCUUCCUGAAGAUCAAGCUCCUGCACCAUUUGCAGAGUGGAGCCCGGAAGCUUUGAUCGAAUUUAUGACCAAUCGUAUUUGCAGAAGGUUGAACAGAGCUGAUAUUCGAGGAAACGAGACAGUGCGCAACAGGCUUUGGGGCCAACACUCCGUCCUGUGUUCUCUUUUGCAGACCUGCGUGGAGAACGAGCGCAAUGCUGGAGUGAGGCGCCGCGCUCUCGAUAUGAUGCUGAAUAUCAGUGACAUCUCCCCAUCGUCUUCUGAGCUAGAAAGGCGUGAUGACGCCAUGGAAGAGGCUGAAGACAAUGAGACCGAAAGUGAGCGCAGGGAUGAUGUCUCGACUUUGAGUCAGGAGCGCGGCUUGGAGAUUACUCUUGCCACGAAAUGCGUUUUGUUGCUUUCGAAGAUCGUCAUCGAGGUCUUUUGGUUUUGUACGCUCGUUGCUAGCAUCGCCAGUGCUGGGAAGUUUAGGGAUGGGUACUUUUCGGACCAAUGCAUCGAGCGUGUCUUGGAGACACAGACCGAGAAGGAGCCCGAGACUUCCUUUGGUGUUCUCCGCACCGAGAACCUGCGGCUGCAAGACAUCGUGAGAGACCAAGAAGCUGAACUAUUUGAUCUCCAAACCCAAUGCACGGCGCAAGAAGAAGAAAUUGAACAGCUCAUCGACAUCCGAGAGUACAUGAGGAUUGAGAUGCGCGAGAUCGACACCGAGUACAAGAAAGCCCGCGACAACUGGAUCGAUGCACACAACCGCUUAGCUGCGGUUCGUGACCAGCUCUCCAGAAACUGGAUCCCUGAUGCGGUCAUCACGACCAGGACCGGCAAGUCCUACCACACCCAUCCUGACUGUCAAGCUUUGGCAACGGCCGAUGCGCCGCAGCUGAAGCAGUGGAACUGCUGUGCAAAUGCUCUGGAGACUGGCACAACGCAGCUUGGCCUGCCGGGACAGGUGGAGCUCCGGCAGCGUCUACAAGAGCUGAGCCCCCAGGAUCAGCAGGACCUCGCGCUGGUGGUUCCUGACUUGCAGAGGGGCGACAAAGUGGCCUUCAAGCAGAAGCUGAGCGUCAUGGUGCAGAAUGGCGGAAAUGACCGUAUUCGACGUUGUCUACAAGGCCUCACGGAGGUGGGAUUCGACGCCCUGGAGAUUCAGCGCUGGCUCCAGCAAGAUGCGCCGCUGCCCAGGCGCAACAUUCGGCUUGGGGUGAAUGCGAUUGGUGCUCCUCAGGUGGCGUUUUUGACCGUGAGGCCAGCACCAACCUGGCGGCAGAAGAACAGCUUAGAGGCCAAGCAAAGAAGGCAGAGGCCAAAAGCGCUUUGCGGAAAGAGCUAG